AUAGAGCAGAAUCACCAGCAGGCUGGCCACAACUGCCGACAAACAUCGCUCAAGACAACACAUCAGGUCAACCACGAAACACACAACCAAGCACCAUGGACUCGACCGCGCCGCGCCGCAGUGAGCCCUACACCCACACCUGGCUAGCAUCCACCGAAGCCAAGACAUCCUACAUCCUGGACGAUUUGCACAUCCCCCACGUCAUCUGGGGCGACUCCGUCUUCGGCUACCUGGGCCUGCAGCUAACAAUCACCAGUGCGGACUACGUCAUCGAAGACGAGUUCUUCGCCGUCGCCGUAGAAGCCCUGUCCACCCUACCCGAAGGACUGGACUUCUGCUGUCAAGCGCCGGACCCUAACGACGCCACCAGCACACGCACCGCACCCCCCUGCCCCUGGCACCCGCACCCGCGACCAAAGGGCACCCUCAUCCCAGACGCGCACAUCAUCGUCAACGACAAACACCACCUGCACCUGUACCGCAAGUCCCGACUCCUGUGGUGGAUCCCGCGCCUGCAGGAACGCGGCGGCGGCGACGGGGAUUCCCUGUAUAUGUGCACCUGCGACUCGCUCCUGCCCACGCCGCGCGCCACCGCGCACCGGGGCGGACCGGGACGCGGGCCCGCCGACCUGGCCUCCACGUACCACCCGGUAUACAUGCUGAAGCCGCACGUCUACGCGGCGGCGCUGGUGUUCCUGGUGGUCCGCAACGUCGGGCAUGAGAUCGAGGCGCACUGGGACAACGAGCUGGACAAGAUGGCCGCGGCGAUGGCCGCGUGCCCGCCGUGCCAGCAGCCGAAUGUCCCGUGUGUCUUCUUGCAGUUCCUGAGGCGCAGGGAGGAUUCGUAUGUCUCCUUGACUGUCUCCGCGGCUUUGUGGCGGCGGUUGCAGGAGAGGAUGCCCCCAGCGGAGGGGGAGCAUGCCAAGAAUUAUAGGCGGCGGCGCCGGUGGUUGGAGAAGUGGAGGCCGUGAGCUGCCCUGUUGAUCGGGGGUUUUUGACCUUGGUUGUAGAACCAAGAACUGGUUUCUUGUUCGCAUAGCCGUUUAUUACCUAGCAAUCUAACUCAUCUAGCCAGGUCUAUGAUGUAGAUCUGGUGUUUCAAUUAUGGUUUCUUCCUCUCCGUCUUUCCUUUCUCUCGUAGG